AUGGACCCCUCACAGCUCCUCAGCCCCACACGGUCGGGCGAGUUGCGGGCUGCAAGUCUGAAGCACCUGCCGUCCUGGUCAAAACGACAGUCGCAGCACAUGAUCUUGAUGGUACCCGUCCUUGUCAUCGUCUUUCUAGCGUUCACCUUUCUACUGUCAGGUGCAAACCAGCAGCGCACUGCGUGCCCUGCACACUGUGGCGCCUUCGGCGAGAAUGCAACGGGAUCCCCCCUGCCUGCCUGCCAUUUUCCAACCCACGGGACUGAGCGCGAGGAUCUCCCACAGCAACUAGAAACGGACGAGCCAGCCUUACUUGAGCUUCUAGCGCGGCUGGACGUCGGUCUGGGAACACCUGUGAAAAGCGCGUCUGGCGGACUAGAGGAUCCUAAAUGCUCAUACAGAGUGGAGCACUCAGCUUACCAGCCAUGGUCCCCGCUUGGGAGCGGAUCGCCUGCCUUCAAGAGGCUGGCGGAAGCAUAUGAGGGAUUCCAUACGAGAUGCACCCAAGCAGCAGGGAAUCUUAGCGAGCUCACGGCUGCCGGUGGACGGGCGGCGCCGUGCAAGUUUCUGAUCGUUGCCGAGCUGUGCAACUGUUCUGGGCUAGGCAACCAGCUCCUCGCACUGACGAGCGCGCUUCUGUACGCUAUGCUGACGGCAAGAGUGCUGGUUGUUCAGGCGCCGGGGGCCUUGUCAUACGAGCUCCUUUGUCAGCCCUUUCCCGGCUCGGAGUGGCGGCUUGACCCCAACCUGGUAUUGAAGAACUUUGCAGACGGGCCAAACGGCAUCGGCCGCGCCACUCUUGGCAAUGCAAGCGUGGCCAUCCUUGAUUUUUGGAAGAACCCGUCUCUGACCUUCUGUGAGGAGGCGACCUGGGAACUAGAAGAGUCGGAAUUUGUUGCGGUGAGCGGCAACCAGUACUGGCUUCCCUCACUGUAUUCCCAGCGGCGGUUCCAGCCACUUCUGCAGACACUGUUUCCGGAUAAUCGGCCAGCACGGGUGCUUCUGCGGCGAUUUGUAAAUCCAGCCGACAGCGUUUGGGAGCUCGUCAAAACGGCGCAUGCGGAGAAGAUGUCCAAGCCCGGUGCUCGGACAGCAAUCCAGAGUCGAUUUGGAAACAUUUUUGGAUCGGGAGCGUAUGGACCGGUCCAUCUGCAGAGCCUCCUCAGCUGUGGCUACACAACAGGCAUGCUUCCCAGGGUGUCUCUAGAAGACCGCGCAACCAACUCGACCAAAGACGCGAACGAACGCCCGGAUUACGGGAGGGUGAUGGUCGCUUCACUGCUCUCCGAAACGAUUGUCAAAGAUUUGCAAGAAGCCUAUAAUGCUAGCCUAGAAACUCGACACGUGGACAUAUAUACGGUGUCGCACGAGGGGUCGCAGCAGACGAACACGCGUAGCCACGACCAAAAAGCUCUCGCCGACGUAUGGUUGUUGGGAUAUGCUGAUACGCUCAUGAUUACCCGGGGUUCGACGUUCGGGUACAUAGCGCGCGCCAUUGGGGACUCGCGCGCGUGGCUAAUCGACCACGACUCUGCAACUUCCGAGAUGGGCUGUGUAGAGAGCGCGACUGCUGAGCCGUGUUACCAUUUUCCGCCGCAAGCAGUCGCGUGUGGCCCUCUCAGGCUUUCCGUUGAAGACUUCAACUUUGCUCGCGGGAGUAAUGUGACGAGAGCUGUCAGGAGUUGCCAAGAUUCUGAAAGAGGAGUCACUCUUGUCUAG